AUGCCAAGAGAUCAUUUACCCAUCAGUCACGUUACAGCCCUAGAUAAACAGAUGUUUGCAUGCUGUCUUUCUCUGUGUCAGUCUUCAGACUCUGAGGAAGUGCUGGCUCCUGGGCGACGGGCGUCUCUGUCUGACAUCAGAUCAGUGGAGGACAUUGAGGCUCUGAGUGUACGCCAGUUGAAGGAGAUUCUUGCCAGGAACUUCGUCGACUAUAAGGGCUGCUGUGAGAAAUGGGAGCUGAUGGAGAGAGUCACGCGUCUGUACUACGACCAGAAGGACCUGCAGAACAUGGUGUCUAACGCCACAGAAGGCACAGAAAGUGGGGAGGACUCUGUAGGAAUGGAGAGCCAGAUGGAGGACAAUAGAAGACAUCAGGCUGGUAGAGGAUCACUAGAAGGUACUGGGGCUGGUGAGGGCCACCAGAAAACAUUGGGUCUGUUGAGGGUCUCUAGAAGACACUGGAGCUGGUGA